GAAGGUGGUGACGGGUCUGCUCCUCUGUAAACUUGCUAUACUGCUAUGUGCUAUCAGCAGGGAAGGCUUCCCGAACAACGGUCAUCGACUCUAAAAUGUACAAUAAAGUAACACCGCGUGCUUAUUUUAGCCAUCUUUGCUAGACUCCUGAAUCUUCCUUCACCUGUGCGUUUUCGCUUGGUCACCGUACAUUUGGACUUGCACUGAAGAUAGAGAAAAUCCAUGGGGAUAUUAGAAAGCCUUUUCGGGCUACACAUUGGGAUUAUACAUUGAAUUGGGUGGACAUUUUUCGCAAACACUUUGCAUUUUUGAAGAAACGACCUCUGCUGUGCCAUAUCUUCACGACAUUGAAAGUGACGUAUCUGGUUACAAGUUGGGGCCUUGGUCUCCGGAGCUCCAGACAUGGCAGACCAGAAGGAAACAUUUGGACUGCAAAAUUCGCCCAGCGGAUCAGAGUCAAAGGAAUUACACACUGAGAGUAAAGCAGAGAAACAAAAUGGAACUUCGAGCAAAUCUCCAUCCUCCCAGACGACAUAUAUUCAACAGGGAAUGGAGGGGAUAAAAGUGUACCUGCAUGAGAGGGAAUUGUGGGCGAAGUUUCAUGAGGUGGGGACUGAGAUGAUCAUCACCAAAGCGGGAAGGCGAAUGUUUCCCAGCUUCAAAGUGAAGGUCACUGGUUUGAACCCUAAAACGAAAUACAUACUCCUGAUGGAUGUCGUGCCUGCGGACGACCAUCGCUACAAAUUCGCCGAUAAUAAAUGGUCCGUGACCGGGAAGGCCGAACCUGCCAUGCCCGGGAGGCUCUACGUUCACCCGGACUCUCCUGCGACAGGGGCGCAUUGGAUGAGGCAACUUGUCUCUUUCCAGAAGCUGAAACUGACGAAUAACCACCUGGAUCCUUUUGGACACAUUAUCCUCAACUCCAUGCAUAAAUACCAACCCAGGAUUCACAUCGUGAAAGCGGAUGAAAAUAAUGGCUUUGGCUCCAAAAACACGGCGUUCUGUACCCACGUAUUCCCCGAGACUGCCUUCAUUGCGGUAACAUCUUACCAGAACCAUAAGAUAACCCAACUUAAGAUAGAGAACAACCCGUUUGCCAAAGGCUUUCGUGGGAGUGAUGACAUGGAGCUCCACCGGAUGUCCAGAAUGCAAAGCACUAAGGAAUACCCAGUGGUCCCUCGCAGUACGGUGCGCCAAAGGGUGGGCACAAGCCAGAGCCCAUUCAAUGGGGAGGUGCAGGUUAUGGUCACUCCCAGUGGCCUGGCCUCCCAGUACACCCAGUGUGAGAAUGGGGUCACCAGCACCUCACAGGACCUCCUGCCCCAGUCUGGCUGUUACCCCCUCCCCCACGAGCACAGCCAGGACUACCAUUGCAUCAAGAGGAAAGUGGAUGAUGACUGUCACUCAGGGGAGCACACCUACAAGAAGGCUUACCUGGAGAGCUCCUCCAGCGAGGACGACCAUUACUACCGUCCCGUCAGCUACCCACAGAGCCUGGGCCUGCCCGGGGGGCCCUACAGGACCGAGUCUGGCCAGAGGCAGGCCUGUAUGUACGCCAGCGCCUCCCAAGGGGCUGAGCCUGUCCCCAGCCUGGAGGACAUCAGCUGCAACACCUGGGCCAGUGUUUCGCCCUAUGGCAGCUGCUCCGUCACCUCCAUGCAGCCAAUGGAGCGGCUGCCCUACCAGCACUUCUCCGCCCACUUUACCUCGGGGCCCCUGGUGUCCAGACUGAGCGGGGUGGCAAGCCACGCCUCCCCGCAGCUGGGCGAAGCCCACCACGCCAUGUACCAGGGCCCCAUGGCCCACCAGACACUGGGCCGCCAGUGUAGCCCUGGGGCAGGCAUCCAGUCGCCCACCGCAGGUCUCCAAAGCAACGAGUACCUGUACUCGCACGGGAUCCCGCGCACGCUGUCGCCUCAUCAGUACCACACAGUGCACAGCGUCAGCAUUAUGCCAGAGUGGAAUGAGAGCAGCUAAAAUAACUUUCUUCAUAGGAAAGGAUGGAGAAGUUGGAUAAAAAAGUCCCUUGAUAAGGUUGGGCUUUAGAUAAAUCUAUAUUUAUAUUUUUGAAGCAGUACAGUACGGCAGUGCAGUCUCAUGAGAUUAAUGAGGCAUGACCGCCUAGAGCAUUGGACUUUGGUGCUCAGAGGAACUGAGGAACUUCUUACUGUGCCUAAAGGCAAAUAUCAUGAGGCAAAACAAGGUGGAGAAAAGCAUUGGCCAUGAAGUUAAGGAGACUUAUAAGGAAACUAAACACGUUUAAAACCCAAUGCUUUUGCAUGAGUAACAGAAGCACAGAAGUGGCUUCAUCGGGAGACCCCUAUUUUAAAACUGUUCUGUUUUGAUGGUGUAUUUUACAUCUUGGUGUUGCAUUAUCAAUGUUUUUUUCUGCUGCCAAUAGAAAGCUAUUUUACCUUUAUCCUGUAGAUUUGUAGAUUUAACAUUUGGUGGAAAAAAAAUACCUCCCGGUUUUCAUUUUAUUUGUUUUUUUUUGUUGUGAACUGCUUACCUUCUAUAUUGAACAAAAAUAAACGCAACAUGCAACAAUUUCAACGAAUAUACUGAGUUACAAGUUCAUAAAAGGAAAUCAGUCAACUGAAAUACAUUUAUUAGGCGCACAUCUAUGGAUUUCACAUGACUGGGCAGGGGAGCAGCCAUGGGUGGGCCUGGGAGGUCAUAGACCCACCCACUGGGGAGCCAGGCCCAGCCAAUCAGAAUAUGUUUUUUCGCACAAAAGGGAUUUAUUACAGACAGAAAUACUCAUCAGUUUCAUCAGCUGUCCAGAUGACUGGUCUCAGACAAUCUCGCAGGUGAAGAAGCCAGAUGUGGAGGUCCUAGGCUGGUGUGGUUACACAUGGUCUGAGGUUGUGAGGCCGGUUGGAUGUACUGCCAAAUUUUCUAAAACGACUUGAUGCGGCUUAAAUAAGCCGACUUGAUGCGGCUUAUUUAAUUCACUGGCAACAGCUCUGGUGGAAUUGCCAGUAGUCAGAAUGCCAAUUGCACGCUCCCUCAACUUGAGACAUCUGUGUUAUUUUGUGUUAUGACAAAACUGCACAUUUUAGAGUGGCCUUUUAUUGUCUCCUCCACAAGAUGCACCUGUGUAAUGAUCAUGCUGUUUAAUCUGCUUCUUGAUAUGCCACACCUGUCAGGUGGAUGGAUUAUCUUGGCAAAGGAGAAAUGCUCACUAACAGGGAUGUAAACAAAUUUGUGCACACAUUUUGAGAGAAACACACUUUUUGUGCGUAUGAAACAUUUCUGGGAUCUUUUAUUUCAGCUCAUGGAACACUUUACAUGUUGCAUUUAUAUUUUGUUCAGUAUAAAACCGUUCUACAGAAAUUCAGAGGCUGGGAUUAUUUUUUGUGGCUCUUGAAAAAAGUACUUGUUGAAUUAAUGGGUGAUUUGUCAAUCAACAUUUCUAAGAGUAGAAAACAUACUAGAUACUUACGAAAAACAUUGCAUUGGUCUGCAUUAGUUUGAAUACUAUAGAAGAAAAAAAAUUGUCCUUAGGGUGACAGUAUGUGACAGUAUGUACUGUAGAGGAAGUGUGUAUUGAUAUCCUCUCUAACCCUGGCAUGUAGCAACACACACUUUGACAUGGAAACAAUGUGUUAUUUGCAGUAAGUCUAGGAACAGUGUGUGAAAAAUGGACCCAGUAUUCACCUGCAACAACUCACAUGAAAAAAUACUAUAGUAUAUUAUGGCAUGAAUACUAAAAGUAUUCACUAGUGUUUUUGCCAACUUCACUGUAGUAUACUGUAGUAUUUGCAGUUAACUACAGUAUAAAUACUGUAGUAAAAUAACUAGUGUAUAUACUAUAGUAAUUAAUGUAGUGUUUUUGCAGAUUGUAGUAUACUAUAGUAUUUACUGUAGUAUUUACUAUAGUGUUUUUCUUUUAUUAUCUUUGACAUAGAAAUGGAGGAUUUCUCCUAGAGUAAACCUACUAGAGAAAUAUUAAAAGGCCAAAUUUUCCACAACCUGUAGGUACGACUGGGGUCUGAACAGAUAGUUCAGAGCUCCUGCUCUUCUCUAUAACCUGAAGGGGACACAUUAUAUGGUCUAUACUUGGAAUGUAGGUUUCUCACUUAUGGGUGGCACAAAUUGGGAUAUGGGGAAGGGAAUGGUAAGGGUAUAUGCAAUUAAAUACUUUAGUAUUUACUAUAGUUAAACUCUAGUGUUUUUGAGGACUGUAGUGUUUAAGGGUAUUGGUGAAAACCACAGUAUUUUUUUGCGGAUAAUACUGUAGUAUUUACUAUAGUAUUAUACACUAUGCUACCAAAUUCUACAGUAAAUACUACACAUGAUCGAGGGAUACUACAGUGUGUAGUAUAGUAUUCUACAGUAUACUACAACAUUCUAUAGUAAGUACUACUCAUGAUCGUGGGAUACUACAGUGUAGUAUAGUAUUCUACAGUAUACUACAGUUUACUGCAGAAUAAUAUAGUAAGUACUGUAGUAUUCUAUAGUAAACUGUAGUAUUUUGCAAUGUGGAGAAAGCUAAGAAACAAGAAACCUUCUCAAAUAGCAGGUAUAGUUCUCAUUCAGACACGGCCCUUAUAAGAGAUUGAAGCCAGCAUUGCUGAAAAGGUGAUUGCAUAUUAUGAAAACUUGUUUUAAUCCAAUUUUUAUUAGUUGACUUAUUUUCCAUGUUGUACCGAGCAAAUGUGUUGUAUAUCAAUAUUUUCAUUUAUGUUUUGACAACUGGCACUUCUCCCAUGACUACAGUCAUAAACUCAAACUGAGCAAACAACAAAGAUAGGUAUGGUAUAUAUGAUUUAACAAUGUGGAAUGUAAAGGACGAGAGGCAAAGAUUAUUAAUGACAAACCAUGAUCAUGUAAAAGCAUGGUCACUGCAGAGAUUAUACACGAUCUAAACAUGCACAUCAAUACAUACAUUCUGCCAAUAUAUGGAAGUCAUGGUAUAUGUUAAAGGUGAGUUUGACGAAUGUACAAAGACUUAUUUUUGAAUUACUUGUAGUCGAUAGAAUGCUACUUGUCAAUAGUAUUUAUUUUUUUCCCAUAUUCUAAAUCAACUUGCUCCUGUUGUAUCAAAAGUUGAACCUGUUAUUCGGUCCUGUUCUUUUUGUUACUUUGUUAUUUAGGCUCCAUUUAUUUUCUUUUUUAAUCAUACUGCUUUAGAAAUCAGGACAUUCAUUUAGAUGGCAAAAGUCUAAGAGAGAGAGAGAGAGAGAUGGAUUAUGUUGCUGUAAAUAAACACGUGUAAAUAGAAUAAAGAAUACUUGCAAUACA